AUGUUUUCUCCCCACCGUCUGGUCGUUCGCUUGCGGGCCCGCUUCCAUCUGUUUGUGCGGAGUGGCCGGUGCUGUUUUAUCGCCGCGUCUCCUUUCUUCCUUUCCUUGGCUGUCCCCGGCGAGCUCGAGGCCAGCACGCAGCACGACGUGCACGGCCGGGACGAGCACCACGCCGGCGGCCAGCUCCGCCCCGCCCACGCCCGCGGCCGUCGCGGCGAGCUCCGUCCCCGCCCGGCCACUGCUCGCCCCCGCCCCGGCGUCCGCCGCGUCCCGGCAGGCCACGCCCGGCCAUGGCUCGCCAGGCCACGCCGGCGGCCAGCUCCGCCCGCCCACGCCCGCGGCCGUCGCGGCGAGCGCCGCCCCGCCCAGCCACGGCUCGCCCCGCUCCGGCGACCUCCGCCGCGUCCCGGCAGGCCACGCCCGGCCAUGGCUCGCCAGGCCACGCCGGCGGCCAGCUCCGUCCCGCCCACGCCCGCGCCCGUCGCGGCGAGCGCCGCCCCGCCCGGCCACGGCUCGCCCCGCCCCGGCGACAACCGCGCCCCGCCUGCCCGCCCAUGGCCGAGCUGCAGCUGCUGCCUGGCCGGGCCUGCUCGCCCGUGCCCGCGAGUGGCCGACGCGGCCGGCGGCGUGCCCGCCCGUGCGUGGCCGACGCGGCCGGAGUCGAGGCACGCACGGACAGCUCCGACCGGCUCCACCCCUGCUGCGACGAUGUAG